AUGGAGGUAGAUGACACAAAGGAAUCACAGAUCGAUGGGGGAGUCAUGAAGUUGCCGGUGCAACGUAUUCCAUCAACAAACUCACCUCCCGAGAUCGAUUCGAAGGACGACGAUGAACCCCGAAGCGAAGGAUCAGAGGAGGAUGAGGAUGAGGAUGAGGAGGACGAAGAACCCCGACUUAAAUAUGCUUCAUUGACCAAAAGCAUUGGCUCAGUGUACCGAAAUGGGGAUGCUACAAGUACUUUCCUUGCCGCGGGAGACAAAAUGAUCGUUGGGACGCACAACGGAAACAUUCAUGUUUUUUCCGUACCCUCUUUCCAGGUCCUUCGUGUAUACCAUGCGCACUCCGCAACUGUCUCCUCCAUCUCGAUAUGCCCCUUUUCACAUCCCAUGCCUAUAUCAAGGCAAGAUACGUUUGUAAAGCCCUCCGGCGAUAGCCAUAGCUUUAAAUCUCUAUCUCCUCAGAAAAUUAAAGAGCCUUCGAAAGCUCAGCAUCCACCGCCAGUCCCAGCAACUCCUUCGAACUCAGUCUACAUUGCCACUUCCUCCAUAGACGGAAAUGUCUGUGUCUCUUCACUACUCGAUCCAAAAGACGUCCUAUUACGCAAUUUUGGACGGCCUGUUCAAGCCGUAGCACUGUCUCCGGAAUACAAACAUGACAAAACAUUCAUUUCUGGAGGACUUGCAGGAACUCUGGUUCUUACAACAGGGGGUAAAAUCGGGAUGAAAUCAAAUUCGACUGUUAUUGGCGGCACUACAGCCAACCCCUCAAGCUGGCUUGGCUCCCUUGGCCUGGGUGGAAAUAAUGGCAAGGACACUGUGUUGCAUAGUGGAGAAGGCUGCAUAAGCACCAUAAAAUGGUCACUUUCUGGAAAAUACGUAAUGUGGGUCAACGAAGAGGGAAUCAAAAUAAUGAGGACCAAUUUACAUCUUGAGAGCCUAGACUCACACUCUGCCUGGAAACGUAUGAGCCAUAUCGAUCGCCCAAAUCGGCCAGGAUGGGAGGAAAUGGCAAGUGUGUGGAAACCACGGGCUGAGUGGGUGGACGAGAAUGCUAUGGAUUUUGAGGAUAGCCAUGGAAGCACACACCUGAAGGACGGUAAGAAUCAAAAACCAAUGGAAAAACUUGUUGUGGGUUGGGGUGGCACAGUUUGGAUUAUCAAUGUUUCAUCGGGUGAAUCGGGCUCGGGUAUGGGUGUUGGAGAAAGGAAGAUCGGUUCCGUGGAAGUCGCAACAAUACUACGUACUGACUGCAUUAUUUCCGGCGUUUCGCUCUAUACCCCUAAUUUGCUUCUUGUUCUUUCAUACAUAAUCCCGGAUGAAGACAACGGCGAAUCCACAGUAAAGCAGGCGGGCUCUCGGCGUGGAAUUCGUCAUAGGCAAAACGGUCUCGAGCCUGAACUCAGAUUGAUCGAUGUCGAAACAAAAGAGGAGCUUAGCGCGGAUACCCUUUGUGUCAAAAAGUACCAAACAUUUUCCGCGUCAGAUUACCAUCUUGGUGUGCUUCCUCCCAAUCGAGCACCUCCACCCGCAGCACAGAAGGGCACUCUCGAGUCUAUAGGCACUGGACUCUGGGAUGCUACCCUACAUCCUACGCGCCUAUUUAGCUCUGCCGCCAGUGUCCGGAGCAAUGCGAGUAGCGGAGAUAAAGGUUCAAGCACUCGUGGAGGCAGUUCUGUAAAUUCUUCGGGUUUAUCAAUCAGCGAUAAACAAGCGAAGGAACUAGCUGUUACAGCUGCCAGAGCAGUCAAGAUAUUCAUCCAUAGCCCUUACGACUGUAUCAUCGCUGUAAAAAGGGGUAUUGCAGAUCGUUUGACUUGGUUGAAUAACCAUGGAAAGUAUGAGGAAGCAUGGGAACUCAUUAACCAGUACCCAGAAGCUGCAGUUACUUCCUCAGAAAGGACAGAUAGCUUCCCCUCUACACCGACUCAGCUGCAGAGCACACUAGCUGAUUUUUUUGCUGAUGACAAUUCAUCUGUUCAGAGCAUCGGUCGUGCAUCAAACACUGAAGUAGACAAGGAAAAACGUCGUAUUGGGGAAUGUUGGUUAGAGCAACUUAUUAACCAACAGAAAUGGGAGAGAGCUGGACAAGUAUGCGGGAAAGUUCUUGGGACCACAGCUAGAUGGGAACAUUGGAUAUGGAUUUUCGCACGCAACAGCAAGUUCGACGAAAUAACACACUACGUCCCAAUUGACAUCAGACCUCCACUCCCAUCUUUAAUUUACGAAGUUAUCUUGGGUCAUUACUUGUCACGUGAUCGAAUCAGAUUCAAGGAACUGCUUGAGUUAUGGCCAACGGAUGUCUUUGAAAUCUCUAGCGUCACGGCUGCUAUAGAAGAUCAGCUGAAAUCGAAAGCCAUCGUCCCUGAAUCAGCUGAUUGGCAGAUUUUGACAGAAAGCCUAGCGAAACUUUUUCUUUCGGAAGGUCGCUACAGAGAGGCCCUCCGUUGCUACAUUCGUCUCCAGGAUGAUGAGACUGCAAUGGCAUUAAUUCGUGAAUAUCAUUUGUUAGAUGCAAUUGCGGAUGAUAUCCCAAGUUUCGUGCUCAUACGAGUCUCGAAAGAACAAUUGAAAUCUGCUUCCAUAGAAGAUCUAGAUGCUGCCACAACAGAACCCAUCAAGCUUCUGGUACGAGAGGCAGCCAAUGGUAUUGUAGGUCCACAAGCUGUUGUCUCACAGCUGCAGGCUGCAAACCGUCAGCUCUUCCUUUUCUUCUAUCUACGUGCUCUUUGGCGAGGCAAUGCUACAUCAUCAGUCACAGCAAAGCCAGCUAGAUUCCGUCAUCAGAGAACGGAAGCAGCAGAGAAACUUGCGACCGACGAAGGACGAGCUUUAAUUGAUGGCCUCGCUGAUAUAGUGGUCGAGUUGUUCGCAGAGUAUGAUCGCCCGUUAUUAAUGGAGUUCCUCCAAUCGAGCACUUCAUACUCAUACAGCGCUGCAAGCUCAAUAUGUGAAUCACGCCAUUAUACCCAAGAACUCAUAUAUCUCCUAUCCAAAACAGGCCAGACAAAACGCGCCCUCAACCUCAUCCUAUCAGAUCUCAAAGACGUCUCGUAUGCCAUCUCGUUCGCAAAGUCUCAAGAUGACCCAGAUCUCUGGGAGGACCUGUUAUCCUUCUCGAUGGAUAAACCUGAGUAUAUCCGUGGACUGCUGGCCGAAGCAGGCACUGCUAUUGACCCUAUUAACCUUGUCCGCCGCAUUCCAAGUGGCCUGGAAAUUGAAGGGCUUAGAGAAGGCCUUACCAGGAUGAUCAGGGAACAUGACAUCCAGGCCUCCAUUAGCCAGGGAGUCGCGAAGGUCUUGAUAGGCGAAGUAGCGACGCGGAUGGACAUAUUACGAAAGGGACAGCGGCGGGGUAUCAAGUUUGAUAUUGUGCAGCUGAACAAUGAACCAGGCCACCAUGAACAGGAAAUGGUGGAAGCCGAAGGGCCACAACCAGGUCGUUGUGCUGCAUGUCACAAACUAUUCAUCGAGCACGAAACCGAACCCCUCGUCGGCUUCGCCUGCGGCCAUAUCUUCCACGUCUCCCACCUCCACCACGCCCACGCCCACCUACCCCACCAAGACGAAACCCGCACACAACAUCCCUCAACGACAGAUACCCCACAGCCAACCACCUCCCCCAUACAAACCCCAUCACAACAACAGACACCCGCACAAAGCUCACUCCUGCAUGACUACACAAGCUCCCAAUUGUCACCCUUGCUCUCUCGCACCGUCGGUCCCAAGGUAACCAAUGCAUUGCUGCUACGUGAUAAAGUCGGAGACGGAUGUGGUAUCUGCUCAUUGAAGAGGAGAGCGGCGGACGCGGCGCGGGAGGGCGUUGUGGUGUUGUAA